ACCGGCCGUCCCGAUAUCCUCUACUUGCACUUCGGAACCAACUUCCUUAGAUCAAGAUGGCCUAUAUAUCCUGUCAGAGGAUCCUUGCAUGCCAAUUGCCAUUGUCGGAAUGGGGUUUAGAGGCCCUGGGGAUGCCACCAAUAUCAAGGAAUUGUGGACGAUGAUCCUCGAAGGGCGGGAAGCAUGGAGUCCGAUCCCGGAUACACGAUGGAAUAACGAUGCCUUUUAUCACCAGGAUCACUCGAGACACGGAACAAUCAACGUCGAAGGGGGCCAUUUUCUGGCAGAAGAUGUGUCAUUGUUCGAUGCGCCGUUUUUCAACAUGACCAGCGAUGAGGCAGCCGCGAUGGACCCCCAGCAACGACUAUUGCUCGAGGUUAGUUACGAGGGCUUUGAAAAUGCCGGUAUACCGAUAACAAGCGUAAUGGGGAGUCGGACGGCGUGCUUUGUUGGCUGCUUCAGUGCCGACUACACCGAUAUUCUCCUUCGCGACCCAGACUGCGUGCCAAUGUACCAGUGUACAAACUCCGGGCAGUCCCGAGCCAUGACGGCGAACCGCGUGUCAUAUUUCUUCGACAUGAAAGGUCCGAGUGUUACAGUUGAUACCGCCUGCUCAGGUAGCCUGACAGCCCUCCAUCUGGCAUGCCAGAGUCUUCGGACUGGUGACGCCUCUAUGGCCAUCGCGGCAGGUGUGAAUGUGAUUCUCAGCCAUGAAUUCAUGUCGACAAUGACCAUGAUGAAAUUCCUCUCCCCCGACGGAAGAUGUCAUACAUUUGACGAAAUUGCCAGCGGAUACGCUCGAGGGGAAGGUAUUGGGUGCUUGAUCCUGAAGCCGCUGCGAGACGCCAUUCGAGAUCAUGACCCCAUUCGCGCCAUAAUCCGAGGCUCUGGAUUGAACCAAGAUGGCAGGACCCCCGGGAUCACUCUUCCAAGCGGUGCUUCACAAGAAGCUCUAGUACGACAUGUCUACCAGGUGGCUGGCCUUGAUCCAUGUGAAACGGACUUCGUCGAAGCCCACGGUACCGGAACCCAGGCUGGCGAUUACAUUGAAACAGCAGCACUCGCGAGCAUAUUCUGCGAUGGCCGAAGUCCCAAGCGGCCGCUGCGGGUCGGGUCCAUCAAGACAAACAUUGGUCAUUUGGAAGGCACGAGUGGGGUUGCUGGUGUGAUAAAGGCUGUCCUGAUGCUCGAGAACCAGACCUUUCUUCCGAACCGGAACUUUCGUGUGCUAAAUCCCCGCAUCCGCUGUGAAGAGUGGAAACUGAAGAUACAGCUUUCCGCAGAGCCGUGGGAAUGCCCGGGCCCACAUCGUGUGUCCGUGAACAGUUUUGGGUAUGGUGGCAGCAACGCACAUGUCAUACUUGAAAAUACCUCGAGCUAUCUCUCUGGUCGUACACUGGGAGGUUUAGUGCGACUCUAUCGGCACCCUGUUGAUGCCUGCCAGCAUUCUCCGGCCCGAGCCCGAGUUUAUAUGCUGUCUGGAUUUGACGAAGGGUCCACUAGCAGACAGCUUCGAAAUCUCCGGGCGUAUCUACUGGAGAGAGAGGUAGAACCAGAUGAUAGAUACAUGAACAAUCUGGCCUAUACAUUAAACGAGCGCCGCACAGUCCACACAUACAGAGCUGCCGUGGUAGGAUCCUCCGCUACAGACUUGGUGGAAGCAUUGUCUGGGCAUAUAAAAGUUACUCAAGCUCGUCGGCGACCAAGUAUCGGGUUUGUCUUCACAGGACAGGGUGCACAAUGGGCAGGAAUGGGAAAGGAGCUACUAGAAACGUAUCCGGUAUUCCGCGAAUCCAUCCGGAGAAUCGACGAGUACAUAGGGUCUAUUGGUGCUCCUUACUGUAUGGCGGAAGAGAUCCUAAAGGAUGAAGAAGUCUCCCGAUUAAGUCACCCUCUCCUCAGCCAGCCUAUAUGUUCUGCCCUACAAAUAGCUUUGGUAGAUCUCCUCGCGUCUUGGGGAAUACACCCAGACUCAGUAACCGGACAUUCUAGUGGGGAGAUUGCUGCUGCAUAUGCCAUUGGCGCGCUGAGUAUGGAGGAUGCUAUGGCUGUGGCUUAUUAUCGAGGAGUGGUUGUUAGUGCUCCACCUUUCGCUAAUGGGCCGAUCGAAGGAGCCAUGCUUGCCCUUGGGAUAUCCGUCCGGGAGAGCCAGUCUUAUAUCGAUAUGCUUCAAUCGGGAAAGGCUGUUGUAGCUUGUAUCAACGGUCCUUUGAGCGUCACGGUCUCUGGAGACCUUCCUGCCAUUGAUGAAUUGGAGCAAAUUGUCCGUGAAAAGCAAGUCUUCAGCCGUCGACUGGCAGUGGAGGUCGCAUACCACUCCCACCACAUGGAGUUAGUGAGCGAUAAAUAUUUGAACCAUAUCGCGCAUGUGAGACCGCGGAGCCAGGAGGAUAUCGCCAAGAACCUUAAUGAUCGAUCCGUGCCCUUCUUCUCUUCCGUAACCGGAGCUGAGGCUAGACCUUCUGAACUGGGUCCACAUUAUUGGGUCAAGAACCUCCUGAGUCAAGUGAAAUUUGUCGAUUCGCUACGCUCUCUGUGCUUUGAGACAACCGGUCAGUGGGCUACUAUAAGGACACUGGGAAGUAAACGAGUAAAGCGAGCUGGUACGGCGCAGAAAGUCAGCGUGGACGCCCUUGUCGAAGUUGGUCCCCAUGCUACACUAUCAGGGCCGAUCAAACAGACCUUGCGAGAAGACAAGAAGCUCAAUGCGGCAGAGAUCUUGUAUAUCAGUGUUCUGACCAGGAGGAAUAAUGCUGUUAAAACUGCCCUGACAGCUGCCGCUACAUUGAUGUGCUUCGGACAUCCCGUUAACACUCAAGCGAUGAAUAACCCCACAGCCUUCCACCGGUCAAGUGUGCUUGUUGAUCUCCCUUCAUAUUCGUGGAGCCAUAAGCAGGCAUAUUGGGCAGAACCUCGGCUCAGCAAGACCUUUCGAAAUCGCAAGUAUGCUCGCACAGAUCUCUUGGGCGUCAUUGAUAGAAUCUCUUGUCCCGCACAGCCUUUGUGGAGGAAUUUCCUUCGAGUCUCGGAGACGCCCUGGCUACUGGACCAUAGAAUUGAGUCUAAUAUCGUAUAUCCCGCCGCUGGAUAUAUUGUCAUGGCAAUAGAGGCCUUUCUUCAGCAUGCAUCGAACGGUACCACAGCACAAGAGAUACGCGCAAUCUACCUGCGUGAUAUAUGCAUACAGUCGGCCCUCGUGGUUAACGAGACAGCGGCUGUAGAGAUUCUACUCUCCCUCAACCCAUGUGAGGAUAGCUCAGAUAUUCCCGAUCAACUCCACAGAUUCCAUGUCUACUCCGUGACACCGGACAACAUAUGGACAGAACACUGCAAUGGCUUCGUUGGCAUUCAGAAUGACUCCCAGAUCAAAUUAGUGCAUGGAUCUCAACAAACAGAGCGUUCCGACCUGACUCCCCUCGAUACCCGAUUAUUUUACGAGGGCCUAGCGAGCAUCGGCCUCGAAUACGGACCUUGUUUCGCCAACAUAAAACAAGCACGCUUCACGGAUCACAUAUGUGUGGCAGAGAUAAUCGCCCCUAAUACUGCAGCUGUGAUGCCCAUGAACUUCCAACAUCCGUUUCUAAUACACCCCUGCACAAUGGAUAGUGUGAUUCACAGUAUCUUCGUCAACACGAGCGUAAUCGACGGUCCUGCCAUUCCUGUCCAUAUUGACGAGAUGUCCGUGUCAUGUCGCACGACGUAUAAGGCUGGGAGCAAACUAAAUGUGUAUACAGAAACAAAACGAAGCAGGAAGGCAGAUCUCGUAGCCUCGAUUUCAGUCGUAGACGAAUCUCGACAGCCAGCGAUGUCCAUCACCGGUCUCCGAUGUAGGCGCCUUGGGCCGAACUCAACCCCAAACUCAGGGAAGCCGAUGGACCAUAUCGCGCACAUGGUGAAGUGGGUAGUGGAUCCCGAUUUUCUUUCCGGGCCAGCUUUGUUGAAUAUACGCGCCACCAAAGGGGAGUUUAAAAAGACCACUGAAUUGAAUCCAUUACAUGAAGCAUGCGCCUUAUACUAUAUCAGGGAAGCCGUCAAAAACAUGGAUCAAGCGAUGGUCGAGCGGCUUCAACCGUUUAGAAAACGGCAACUCGACUUCUUCAACGGAAUCGCAACCCGACAGUUUCAACUUUCUCACGAUAUACAUAGAGGGGCCAUUGAGAGGGUAAGGUCAUCUAGUCCAGAGGGCAAACUUCUCUGUGCCAUAGGGGAAAAGCUACCGGCAAUUUUCGCAGAUGCAGUUGGUAUUGGGACAGUUGACGACCAGCCUCUGUGGGAUGAAUACUGGGAAACGGUCCAUGAGGACCCGGCAUAUGAGGCCGUGUCCAGGUAUGUGGAUCUGAUCAGUCACAAGAAUCCCAUGAUCUCAAUUCUUGAAAUUGAGGCCGGCUCGGGUGGAGCAUCGAAGAAAGUUCUCCAACGGCUGGUUGGAGCAAGCAGUAAUGGUCCUCGAUUCACCAAGUAUACUGUAACACACCCAGGUUCAACCUCUCUGGAGACAGCUAAAAAUGAGAUCUGCGCAUGGAGUCAUUGUACGGAGUUCAAGGCCCUUGAUAUUGAAGGAAGUCUAGACACGCAGGGAUUUAACGAGCAUCAGUACGAUGUGGUGAUUAUCUCCCAUGGGUUAUACACAGUCAACUCAAGAAGGAAGGCGAUGGACAACGUCCACGGGCUCCUCAAACCGAAUGGCUAUCUCAUCCUGGUCAAUCCUUUAUCCAAACCGAACUUAUUGGAGUAUGUGAUCUUCACUAAUCUGCCUGGGCCGUGGAAGCAAGAUGGAGUUGGAUGUUUCGACAAUGACUGGACAACAACUUUAAAAGAUUAUCUGUUCUCGGAAGGGCAGGCGUUAAAUCCGUCAAAAGCAAAGCACUUGGCAAUUGUCUCUCGACCUGCAAGUCAACCGAUUUCACCUUCGUCGGAAAUUGUCAUUGUAGUAGAGCAAGGCGAUUGCGGCGUAAAGGUAGCCCAUUUGCAAGACCUUCUCUCAACAUGCUCGAAGGUUGAUAUAACAGAUCUUGCUCAUGCCAAGCCAACAGGAAAAAUUUGCAUUAUACUGAGUGAUCUGAUGGCCCCGGUCCUGGCGUGUGUGAGCCAAACAGCAAUGAAUAUCAUAAAGCAAACUUUCCUAAAUGCGGCGGGCGUCCUCUGGGUAACAAGGGGUGGCUCAAUGGCCCCGACCAACCCUGACGCUGGCAUCGUCACUGGCUUUGCACGAACCGCUCGUUCCGAAUCGGGGGUGGAGCCUAUUAUUACACUCGAUUUAGAUGGCCGCAGGCCGCUUUGUGAACACCGGGCGGCUGAAGUUAUAUACGACCUUGUUCGUCAUCGUAUAUUGGAAAGGAUGUUUGCCGGCUCCGACACCGAGUACGCGGAAAGAAAUGGCAUGCUUCUUGUCCCUCGGAUUAUUGAGAAUGGACCCUUGAAUGAGAUGAUUGCAUCCGUCCAUGACCUGCGCGCCACAAGUAUCCAAGUCUUUCAUCAAAAGGGCCGGUGUUUUCGAGCUGUGAUGAAUGAUAAUGCCCAGCCCGAAGGUGUUCAUUUCAUAGAUGACGACCGGUUUACCACGCUCUCAGAUGACCAGGUCCGUAUUCAAGUACAUGCCAUUACACUGAGCGAGCGAGACGCACAACUGGCAGACACCCGAGCUACUGAUGCUAUGGUAUUAGGGCUCAGCUGUAGUGGGACUGUACAAUCUGUCGGAAAAGCCGUUCACAGUUUUGUACCAGGAGAAAGAGUAGCUUGCCUUAGGGCCGGAACAGCAGCCAGUAUCUACCAAGACAGAGCGACUGCAUUCCAGAAGAUCCCUGCGGAGAUGUCCUUUGAAGUUGCUGCCGGGAUACCCACUGCGUACUGCACAGCUUUCCACGCGGUUCACUAUCUCGCUGGAAUAAAACCUGGAGAUCGAGUCUUGAUAAACUCCGCAGCUGGAACAGCUGGACAAGCUGCUAUCGAAGUGUGUAACCUAGCAGGUGCUCAUACAUUCGCCAUGGUGGGGAGUGUAGCAGACAGAGAGCUCUUAGUCGCCUCGUCCCCGCUACCAAGGGAACGGAUAUUCCUUGGUAACGAAUCAUGUUUGAAUGAUCUCAUGAUAUUGACUGGGGAUCAAGGGGUGAAGACCCUAAUCAAUUGUGGUGAGCCGGACAACAGUACCUUCUUCAGAUUAUGGAAAUAUCUUGGAACUUCGGGCCGUUUCAUUCAACUACACAUGCAUAACUCAGUUCGGAAGAGCCAGUGGAAGAUACCAGAGCUUACCAGUGACAUUCUUUUUGCGACACUCGAUAUUGAGAACCUAUUAAAGAAUGACCCAGAAACCCUCGACAGAACUUGGGAGCAAAUCGCGCGCCUCUUCCAAACUGGCACACUCCGUGGCCCAUCACGCUUGACUACCUAUCGCAUCUCUGACAUUGCCGAAGCGCUGGAUGUCCUCACGCUAACAGAUCACCCAGAUGAGAUCAUACUCACUGCCGGUGUGGAUGAUACUGUUAAGACUAUCGUACCUAAGCAGGCGAAUAUGCUUCUUCAACCGGAUGUGUCAUACAUGCUCGUGGGAGGACUCGGUGGUAUCGGCCGGGCCACAGCACUCUGGAUGGCGGAUCAUGGCGCGAAAACAAUAAUCUUUGUCAAUAGGAGUGGUCUAUCCCGAACGUCCUCUCAAGCUACCGUACAAGAGUUACAAGGAAAGGGUGUUCGGGCCAUUGUUCAUGCUUGCGAUAUAUCCAAAAGCGAUCAUGUUGUUAAGAUGAUGAAUGAGCUGAGUGAAGCAGUACCACCAAUUCGGGGCGUUAUCCAAGCUGCCAUGGUUCUCAGGGACAUCCACAUCGAGAAAAUGACCCUUGAGGACUACAGCGCUGCUCUACAGCCGAAAUACGAUGGCACUUGGAACCUCCAUCGCUAUCUCCCAUCCAAUCUCGACUGGUUCAUCAUGCUAUCCUCCAUCAGCGGCAUAAUAGGUAAUGCGACGCAGGCCGCCUACGCCGCGGGAUCAACAUUCAUGGACUCAUUCGCAGCAUAUCGGAAUUCUCUAGGUCUACCAGCAAUAUCCUUAGAUCUAGGUGUGAUUACAGACGCAGGCUAUCUCGUCGAGAACAAAAAGCUGGCAUCGAGAAUGGCGCAGCAAGGAUUCCAGGGUACAGAUACAAAGACCCUAAUGACUCUAAUCGAAGUAGCAAUCGUAGAAUGCCAGGGCGACAGGGCAACCUCCCAGAUAAUCACCGGACUAGGCCAAUGGAAAGAGAGUCAAUCUCUACCCAACUUCGACGCGCCUCUUUUCUCACACUUCCGUCGUCUUCAUCUAGACACGUCAGCCAGCUCUCAGAGCGAGAUCCUUGAUACGCUAAAACAGGACCUCCAGGCUGCGAAGACCCUUGAAGAUGCUACGGUAGUAAUCUACACGGCGUUAAGCGCUCGCAUCGCUGCCCACCUUUCCAUCCCAGCUGACAGCAUUAACCCCACCGGUCCGAUAACAGAGUACGGCAUUGAUUCCCAUGUAGCGGUCGAGCUGCGGAACUGGAUCUCCAAACAUAUCAAGGGCACGAUUCCUAUCCUGGAGAUCUUAGCUAGUUCGUGCUUGAUAGAGUUAGCAGGGAAGAUAGCGGACCGAUCUGACCUGGUGAGAAUCGAGGAAGAGCAGUCGUUUUGA